GUGUUCUUGUUACCGUUUGCUUUGCCUCUCGUGCUCGUCAGGAAGAAAAGAACAACAGACGGGGAACACAAACACGCAGCAAAAACCUAGUUGUAGUGCCUCUAAUAGUGGCAUGAUUAACAGGGCGGCAUCGUCCGCGGCGUUCUCGGUUGGCGGCGCGCCCUCGUGCAGCUCCUCCUGUUCCGCGGGAGAGUUUCUCCCUGUACCUAACAGUCUCUGGUGCCAAUUUGAAGGACACAGAGACCAAAGAUGGCUGUUGCCAUACUGUGUGGACGUAGAAGCCGAGCAAUCAGAGGACUACGAGCAGUCCUCCCACAAGAACCUAGAGAGCGAGGACGACGACGAUCAAAGCCCGCUCGUGAGCAUACCAGGAUCACUUGAUAUCCGCCAGACAUCGAAAGCUUCCGCUUUCACCUCAACAGGUCUGAUACAGGAUCGUCCCUGGAUGUUCUUGGAUCAUUCUGCAACGGCUCCAGGAGAGGAGGAUAAGGAUUGUACAAACCCUUUCCAAGGGGAUGAAAACGAGAUGAACAAGGAUAGUACUAGUAAAAAUAUGCCUAUGCCUUUCAACAUCCCAAUGCGAAGAACAAAAGAUGCGAAGAACGUGUCGCAGGUCGACCUGUGCACUGCAUUCGGGCAGCAUUCUUGGACAAGCUUGACAGCAGAAGGAGACUCAAGAACAGGUGUGCCGUUCAUUCCCGUUCCUGGUCAAAAAAGCCAUCGGCCGUUCAGUUCUGCUGGAACCGGUCUUAUGGUCAACAUUUAGUGUCCAUCUUUCUCGGCAUCUUGGUACCCUUUUGCCCUGUAUUCUCAGGAAAUUUUACAAGGUAAAAGGAGACAGAUGCAUUCUCGCACACGCUAACGGUCUCCAAGACCCGUUUCCCGGAGAGGAAGAGCAGCGCAAUAGAAAGCCGAAACUAAUAAGAGAAUUGAGAGCCGCCGCUUUGGAGGAGGCGCAGCGUCGUGGAUGGGUGUCUCCUGGCAUGAACGACCCUUCGCGUAUCAGGUAAGGCUCAACACGAUACUCAUUCAUUCCCACACGGUUUGUUUCUCUGCAAAUUUUGAGGACAUUGUUUGUUCCUCCUCCCCUUACUUCAAGUACACGGUUGAUAGUGUUGCGCCUCAGACUUCAUUGCUGGGAGAAAGAAACCUGACAAGAUGAGCCUGUAGAAGAUUUGAAUAAUCUAUAUCUUUAUCGGAAGUUUCCUCUAAACCAGAUUGUCUCUGGUUCAAUCUGUGCCGACCUACCGGGUCUUACGCAUGUUGCGCGAUUCCGAUACGCCUGAAUCUCAAAAAUUGAACGACGAAUUUGGCGCAGAUGGAGUUGUCGAACAUCAACGACUCACUAGUUGCGGCAAGACCAUCUUCAACGGGAGUACUAGUUGUAGUACUACUAGUACAAGUACAGAUACUUGUACUUCUUCUAUUGGUACUACAACGUCCACGAUGGAACUGGAAGCAGAACGGACCUCCACUGCCAUGUCCACGCUGAGCAUCAGUAGCAGUUGCGUGGUCGCAAAUAAGCUGCAGAAUACUCUCGAAUGGCUAGAUCGGGCCUCAAAUACGGCUGGGCAACAUCUAAAUUAUGGGUUCCCACAUUACGUCCUCCACGAACAUUCUUGGCCUCUUGUCCAAUAGAAAAGAAGGCACGGAUGUUUUCUGGAAUGUAAUCCUGUAUUAACCUCUAACUAAAAGUAACCCUCCUGCGCGAACCAGUGGCUAACAUUCGACUGCCGCACGUUCUUGUGACUAUCCGUGCAUGGAAGAUCGAGCAUCCACGUCGGAUUGCGGUUGUUUCUGACGUAGUUCUACGUGCCUCCGAAAAACGUCCAGAGCCACCAGAAGGAGAUCCCCAGGAGAGCAAAAAGAGCAACACUUCUCUGUUUUACUAUCAUGAGGCGCUGAGUAAAGCUGUAUACAGUUCAAAGCUGUGGCAGAAAAUUAAGCAGAGUCCCACCGACUUCGCCGAAGUCGCAGUAGACAAGUCCGGAACAACGCUGCACACGAAAACUGGUGUGGACGAGAUCGCUAACUGGAUGCAACUACUGGAAUUGAACACUUCUACAACAUCUUCUGGUGGUGUCGUUGACAGUACGACUAGUAGUGGUGUCGUUGACAGUACGACUAGUAGUGGUGUCGUUGACAGUACGACUAGUAGUGGUGUCGUUGACAGUACGACUAGUACUGGUGUCGUUGACAGUGCGACUAGUAGUGGUGUCGUUGACAGUACGACUAGUAGUGGCGUCGUUGACAGUACGACUAGUACUGGCGUCGUUGAAAAACAGGGUCAAGGUCAACAUAUCAUCGAAACGGGAGAGGGUCGAAAUGUUGUGGACGAUCGAAAUAAUUCUGCGAAAGAGGAAAAUGUCGCAGUCGCGGCUAAGGAUUUCACUGGUACAACUCCUGCAUUGAUAACACCAAUGACCGAACUGAGAGAGACUACGUCUACGUCGACUACCACAGCUAGUAUCUGUUGUCUAUCGGCGGAUCAGGUCAGGGACGGUUCAGCAAUCAUCGUUCGUUCUGCUGAGCAGUACCGCGCGUGGCAGGAGAAGCAAAGCGUGAGCGUGAAAGUUCCAAGCAUUUCUGCAACCAUGAAACCACGAGCAACGCCCAAAGAGCAUGCUCUCAGAAUUCAGUCGACGAGGAUUGACUGAAGUAAUAGAAAUAGGUAAGUAAUUGAUUGAAGUAAUAGAGAAAGAAAAAGGUCCACUGGCCGUCCUGCAUUAAGUAAUUCAAAGGUUCCCAUAAGCGAAACAAAUAAGCAACUAUAUAUCAAUUAUCGGCGUCUAAAAGAUUAGAAAUAUUCCCAACAUUUCACCAUAAGAAUCGAAGAAGUAUAAGAUCAAAUAUUUCCCAACGUUCUCACGUCGGAACAGAGUAGGAGGGGAUGGAUGGCGACAAAGUCAGACAUCUCUGUAUGCGUAGUACUCUGCUCGCCUGGACGAGGGAGAGAACACGGAAAAAGAGGCAACAUGGCAUGACGUACGGCGAUGCAGAUAGUAGAUUACAUAACAGGGUGGAAACUGUCAGUCUUUCGUCUCAAUCUAAGAAUGUUCAUCUUGCAAGAAGAAGUUGGUAGUCGGGUCCUACCUUGUAGGAACCAAGAAUAAAAUAGUGGAGGGUCCUCGGAUUCCCAUAAUAUGAUCACAACAAUUUUCCCAAGACAUCACUUAAAUCUUGAGCUGCGUUAAAUCACAAAAGUCUUCGCCUCAGAGUGCCAGUACUUCAAGGCAGUGGGACGACGAAGACAGCUGCAACCUCCGUGCCUCAGACAGCUCCAACCUCCGUGCCUCCGAUCUGGAUCGAUAAGAUAGGGACCCUGGAUCGAUAAGAUGGUCUGGCGCUCCCUGCUGUGCGUAUUUAAUGCCCCAUGAAGUUCAUGCAGUCGUGUCGCGCGCCCGUGCAGUUGAUCGCUGCUCUCCCAUGCUCAAGGAGGGUCUUGGCAGCCAAGAGCCGAUCAUAGCGCCAAGAGGUUGACAAAAACAGCUUCAACAUCCGUUGAAGGUAACUAAGUACUUGUGACGUGCAAUAAGGGGAGGACGGAAGGUGCGAGUCAUACUUCCUCUACUACAUGUACUAGUAGCCAUGAUUAUAGUACCGUCGUUCGAGCCGUGCAGUCAAGUGACCUUUAAUAUUUGUACACAGCUGUCGCAAGCAGAAAAUCGACACUAUAACUCUUGUAGGAUGAAUAAUCACAAGGACUACAAGGGAAUGAAAUGUUUAUACGGGGUUUAUACAGAGAGUCAUCGUGGUGCUGGGGUUGCUCGACAUGGUCAAAAAUUAUGUGUUUUGAUCGGUAUGUCUGACAGCGUUGCCAUCACGGUUUUACCCACUUACGGAAAUGUGUGAAUAAUAUAUUCCGUAGUAGCUAGAAGUGCAAUCAAUUGUGGUCCCAAUGUCGAUGAUUUUUCCCCCGGUAGUAGGACAGCGGUGCAGGCCCAGGAGCGCCUGGCUGAAAGUUUAUACAUUGCUUCGAAUACUUCUACCAAAAAGGGCAGCAUCAAGCGUCCGAGACUACAGAGUCAUAUACUUUCCUGGAUGCGCUAAAAAUUGCCGCUGCCCUGUACUAAAGUUUACAUGUUGUAGCUAGUAGUUAGUGGGAACAAGGAGAAGAGGUGCGAGUAGCUUAAGUACCUCUUAGUCAGUAAGAUUUGAAGGGAACAACCACAGAAGUGUGUAAUGCUGUCAGAUUCUCUUAUCAUUUAUCGAGUUCUGAUUUCCUUUCUUCGUGUGAAUUUCUCUAUCACAGUACUAGUAGUUAAAUAUGUGACUGAGUGUGAUUCUGAUUGUUGUAAUUAUAUCCACCUCUAAAAGAACGAGUUGCUUCUGGUACAAUUGAGUAUGAAAAACAUGAACUAUGAAGAAUAUCUUCUAAUGCGUCUUUCUGCUUGAUUCCAACAGCAAGGAUCUACCUAGCCUAGUAAAAGAACAUCGAGCGAGUUUUUCAACUAAUUAAAUCACUUAUACCCCGCGAACGCGAUUGGGUACACAACGACUACUACUCAAACAGAAACACUUCGUAGUGAGUUCCACGCCGUGACUAUUGUGUCAUGGUCUCACCACAAAUCAAUGUAUGCCCAUCUCGAUGAUAUAAGUUGUUUAGUUCCGCCAACAUCUCUGUGUCGUUUCUUACUCAAACAGAAACACUUCGUAGUGAGUUCCACGCCGUGACUAUUGUGUCAUGGUCUCACCACAAAUCAAUGUAUGCCCAUCUCGAUGAUAUAAGUUGUUUAGUUCCGCCAACAUCUCUGUGUCGUUUCUUAUUGUCUCUAUUGUAGGGCGCGGGAUGCUGUAGGUCCACCUGGUGGUUAAUAUAGGUACUUAUGAAUAAUAUGGGGGGUUCUUUUUCUCAAAAAAAAUAGGGACGUUCGGAGCCAAAGCAGGUGGUAGGCUGCUUACCGAGUUAGUCCCCUGACAGCUCGCUUCGCAGGUGUCGCCCCCAACAAUCGACGACACCCGCGGGCGCGUUACUCUUGCAGGCACGACGUAGUAUGUAAUUGCUUAAUUGCUUGGUAGAAUUAUUUAAUUGAUUAGAAGGGAGGCAGCUUUGUUUGUUUUCUUUGUUUUUUACCUAUAUACUUCCACCAAAGCGCCAGGAUCCCUAAUCAGGCAUUGAUGGGGUGAGGACUCAAGAUAGGGAAAGCUUUGAUGGUUUGGCUUCUUGUAAAAAGUACUUAGUAGUUUAUAAAAAUGAAUAUCCAACCCGGUACUCACUUUCCAUAUCCGUCUGUGUGUCUUCGAUGCAUGACGUGUGCUAGUAGUUUGUGACUCAUGGAGAAUUACUAGCAUAAUAUGUGACGGUUGUAAAAAAAAGCUGUUUUUCUAUUUUGGACCGUAGCCAUUUUGGCUCAAGGUCAGAGUUCCAGUAUUGGGCGGAGCAUCGGAUAGUCAGCUCUUUGUAAUGGCUAAUUUUUUCCUCACUCGUAAACCUAUGGCCACUACAUGGCUGAUCUAACCUCGCUUCUCUUUUUGUUUUUUUUGGGUUAUUCGUAUGGUUGAAGUGUGGCCCAUUCUCCGUAUCAUGAUUUUCCGUUAGUUAUCUGCGUCGCAGGAUCUACACGUAAAAAACUCACUCUGGAGGUAGUGAAAGCCAGGAUGUUCAUGAUCAUGAAGGAUCUUACGAAUCUCGUUAGCUGAACGCGCGUUAGGCAAGCCUUGCGUUAGAAAAAAUUGGAGAGAAGAUUUCUUUUUGUAACAUUGAUUCAUUUGUUCUUAACCCGGUGUUUCUUAAUGUGAAAAAGGUCCUUCUUCUACUUCUUGUGUCUCAUAGAAUCUAGGUUCUAGGUUCUACUUCUUGGAAAUCGACCAGAGAAAGUUCCUUUCUGUCGACUGGUGGUAGACAGGUAAUAGCUGAAGAGUUUUUUUUGGCUGUUCUAGGAGAUUUAAAGAUUUUAGAUUUAAUUGUCUUUCGUCUACGAAGCACAGACUGGAGUCUACUAGCUUCAAAAUGAAGAAGUUCGUUACCCUCUGGGCAAGACAUCACUGCUAAGCAGAAAAUGCAAGAUCGUUGCCCCUACGUACUAUCAGGCUGGAGUAUAUCCAAAUUAUAUUUUUUGAGCAACCGCCGCGCACUGUCGACUGGUAAGAGGGACGCCACGGCACUAUCGAUUGGUAAGAGAGACGACACGGCGCUAUCGAUUGGUAACUAGAGAUGCUAUAUCCCGCGAGUGGGUACAUCAGUGAAUCAAUCAAUGAGUCUCUUUUAUUUCGGCUUGCUAUCCGGGGAGCUGCCGCGGUCCGAGGCCCGCUGCGAGAAACGGGGAGAACCCCUACUCUGUUCUAUGAUCCUACCUGAUUGUCGAUAUUGGUAGUUCAUGUCAUGAGUCGCGCUGAUGUUUGUUCAACGUAUCUGAUUUUUUUCGGAGUUUUUAACUGUUGCGAAGCAAGCAUGCAGCUAAUUAAUCCAGUAUUUAUGUCCUUACGACAUACAUGAGCAGUCUAGAUCUAAGCGUAUCGACUUAAUUCAAAAACACAUGGAUAAGUGCAGAAAGAAAGUGAGAAAGUUCUGAAAAUAAAACACAAAAAAAAGAGAAAUCUGCAUCUCACUCCCUUGAGACACCUUAGAACGAAAAGCCACUCCUUUGCAUCCUAAUUAUAAUGUUUUGAGACAAUACCUCGUGCUAGGUAAAUGAGUGAAUGAAUGAAUGAGUGCUACUCUGAAUGGGUAUACUGUAAGAUUCUCAUCAAGUAGUAGUUCAGGCCAAAGCAAGGAGUAACAAAAAACUAACGCGAACUCACAUCCGUUCGUGACGUGGCAUUCUUCUAGUAGUUAGAAAUACUUUGAACCUCAUCCAUGUUUUUCGCAUGGUAAUUUUUUCGGAUCGUGGUCAUUUCCUAUGAGCAAACGUGGCCGUGACGUAAUGUCGUACUAUUUCUUGUAGCUCGCUCGUGGUCUGAUCAGAUCAGAAUGAAAACUACAUGAAAUAUCUUCACACUAAAAUGGUGAAAAAGAAAAAAGGCUAGUAUUAUUAAAAUGACCGGUCGCACUACGUGCGUGAUCUUGUACCCGCGGCGAAUGGGCUGCCGCAAUCGUCAUCCUUUGCAUCUCUUGUCGAUAUGAUCAAUAUGAAGACUAACAUACUACGAGAAGAAUACGAAGAAAAGAAGCACACAAAGAACAGACGACAUUGAAUGUUAAAUUGAAUAAUCAUCCUUGAUCUUAGUAGCAGGAAGUCCUACUCGAGUUUGAAGCUACAUCCUGCAGGGUGACUGGUCCAGCGUGGGAUGGAUGAGGAGAAUAGCUCCGAGCCUUAGUUCUUGCUCGGCAAAAAACUAUAUCCCGAACUAACUUGUUAGUGGGGGCCGUCGGAUGACUUGGUUGGUGGUGGUUUUCUAAUUGAGUGGACGAAAUGAAGUAGAUGCUCUCCGGAGUUCACACUUUCAAGCAAGAUUCCUAUUAUUUACUAUGGUUAUUUGACUGAUAUUGUCACUGCUAUCUCGUGUGGUGCGCGGCAUAUGCUGUGAUGUUAUCACGUGCCAAGUAUCCGACACCAAACCAAUUGAUCUUUCUUAUCAAGAAAGGAAAGGACUGACAAGAUGUUUUGAGGUUCGUUCCUAUCGUCUCCAUGAUGGCGCGCGCACAGCUUGAAACAAUGAAGGGAUUAGCGUAGAAGUUCAUGCGUCGCUGCCGCCAAGUAGUUCAUAGUUGGAGUACAAGAAAGUAGUCGUCGCAGCAUGGUGCGACUUGAGUAGAUUACCUUUGAAUAGCCAUGCCAGACUCUCAUGGUCGUUGUUGAGUACCAACUCCUCCCGAGGAUUCGAGAAGCACAGCAGUACCCAGCCCCCUUCUUAUAGCCGAGGCUUGUCACAAUAAGACCGAGACUCGUCACAAUAGGGCUGAGCCUCGUCACAGUAAGAGCGAGACCGUUCACAGUAAGGCCGAGACUAGUCAAAGCAAGUCGCAGACUAGUCAGAGUAAUGCCGAGACUAGUCACAGUAUGGCUGAGACCAGUCAGAUUAAGUUCCAGACUAGUCAGAGUAGUUGGAGAUUAGUCAGAGUAAGGCUGAGGCUAGUCAGAGUAAGUCUCAAAUUAGCCAGAGGCGCUCUCAAAUUAGUCAGAGUAAGACUGAGACUAGUCAGAUUAAGUUCCAGACUAGUCAGAUUGAGUUACAGAGUGGUCAGAGUAGGUUUGAGAUUAGUCACAGGAAGUUGCAGACUGGUCAAAGGAGGUUUGAGAUUAGUCACAGUAAGCCCCAGACUAGUCAGAGGACCCGCCACAACUCCCACCACUCGAACGCAACUCGUCACAACUCCCACACCUAACAAAUAACGCAGCGCGGCUUCUUCCUAGAUCUUUGGCCUCACUAAACAACUUGGGGUAACUAAGAGCCUUGAUAUAGAGCAGAUCAUACAAAUAAGAAAUGCUACUACCCAAGCAUGGCUGGCGUUGAUGUUUAAAGCUCAAAGGCAGUUCUUGCUGCGACGUGCAGCAAGCAUUAUUGUUGUGGCGAUGCUGUUGGAGAAUUUCCGAGUGUCGGCGGAGUCACUGUCGCCUUAGGAGCCGCGCAUCCAGCAUUGUAAUGGGGAACUGGCAAAGAGGCACCAGCUUCUUCUCGUUUUUCAUUAUCAUGGGAGAAGAGGGGCGAUGGCUUCAUGUAGAGCCUUGUAAUUGUACCGAUCGAGAACAUGACCAUUAAGGAAAUCCGUCACGCGCGCGAAUGACUUUAACACCAUUAGACAGAAUCAUGGGGUAACAGGUAAAAUGACAUAACAUGAGCCGUCUUCUAUCAUGAUGACAAGAACAGCAAGGACCUAUUGUUUUCACUAUGUUUCAUAGAACAUAAAUGUAGAUGUAAACUUAAACCCUAAACCCAACCCAAACCCUAAAUGCUUGAAAAGGACUUGGACUAGCUACAGGAACAAAAGAUCAGUAGAGCAGUUUGCCUUCACGUUGUCGCUAAGGCGGGACGUCAGAGGCAGAUUGACGAUCAAUGAUGGUCAAUCUACUAGUAAAUAGAUGUCUUAUCAAUAUCGUAUAGAGUGAAUAUAGAAUGAUUGGGGUGCUGAAGAUGAAAUUGAAAAUAAUAGUAGUCGAUUCGACGACAGUCUUCUAGCUGUGGUGUUGUUAGCAAGAAGUAGAAGUCGUUCGAAGACCCCUUAUGCGACUGCCCCCCGCUCUUCGUGCGGCUACCGUUCUCUCUCUCUUAUGAAAGAACAAGCGACAACAGGAGAGAUCUCCUCUUGAUGUUGUAAUGUUAAGAUAAAAAAUUGGCCACGACGACCUUCGCGGCAGUGGCACAAGUCAGGAUCGAUCAUGUGCUAUUGUUGAUGACACCAGGAUGAUAGUAUGUAUAAGCACAAAAGUCUAUCUUUUGGGAUAGUCCGAGACGACCAUGGCUUAAUGUCAACAAUGAUUCGAGUCUUCCAU